AUGCUGGGUCUCUCGAGCAGCCGCCUCAACGACCGGUACCACAGCGUCGAGCGCCUGGCGGAGCAGCGGGGUCUCUUCGGCGGCACGGAAGGACCUCAGGACCUGGACCACCUCGAGUCCGUGUCGCAGAGGGGCGUGGCCAAGUCCCUCUCGGGAUCCCGGACGUGGAACAAGUAUGAUCUGCUUGAGGAGAGAAACGGCGAGGACGAAGUGAAGACGGAGUACUCCCGCGUGUCCAACCGGUACAUCAAGGGCGUCCACGCGGGCAGGCGAGGUCACGGCGGGUCACACCACUCGAGCCGAGCCUACAUCGAGCGGGAGUACCUCAAGUCCUCGGCCAUGUCGGAUACGAGCGAGGCGCCGUCGCUCGCCUCCCACGUCCGCCGGGUGCGCGUCCCGUCCCAGGCGUCCGACGUCGACCAGUUCCUCGACGACCUGUUCAUGCCGGUGCUGAACUCCCAGCUGGACGAGCUCUCCGACGCCCGCUCCCUCGCCGCCUCCAUCAAAGGCGGCGGCAGGACGGCAGGAGGAGCAGGAGCCCCGGGGAUCGAGGCUCCUUACGGCGACGACGGCAGCGACUUCGAUUACGACGAGAGCAUCGUCUUGGCGAGAACGCGCCAGGGCUCCUUCAGAAGACAGAGCCUCCUCCAGACGCUGCAGGACGUUGACCUGAACGAGUCCCUGACGGCCCUGACCGCCGCGCCCCUGCUCGAGGAGGCGCUCAAGGGCGGAGGCCAGGGCGCCGCCGAAGUCGAGACCGGGGCGCCGCCACAGCCUGGGGCAGGCGGAGCGUUCUUCUCCAACACGUCCAUGUCGGGGGCGCCCGGGUCGCCUCCGCCCUUCGUCAUGCCCAACACCAUGCCCCUCUACACGCCCGGAGGCGUGAACGUCCCAGGCCUCCAGCAGCAGCAACAGACGCCGCAGGCCACCAACAUGACGCCCAACCAGAUCCUCGUGUACCAGCAGAAUGUCCAGCGCGCCUUCCUGCAGUCCGCCGUGGCCCAGAACAUCCAGAUCCAGCAGCACCUGAUGGCGCAGAACCAGGCGUUGCAGCAGCUCCUGUCGCAGUCGGUGCCGCACAUGGGCAUGGCAUCCCGGGACUUUAACCCUCAGAGUGCCCUCGGCCUAAAUAUACUUGGCAUGAUGUCCAUGUCUGGCUUGCCCAUGGCGGCUGGCAUGCCCUUGUCGGGGAUGCCGGGCCUGUCGGGGAUGCCGGGCCUGUCGGGGAUGCCCAUGGCUUCUGGAAUGCCCAUGACGCCGGCAAUGCCCAUGGCAGCGGGUAUGCCCAUGUCACCAGGCAUGCCGAUGGCCCCUGGUAUGCCCGCGGGCUUAUCGGUGUCAUCCGGCAUGCCCAUGACGACUGGCAUGCCCAUGUCCCCCGGGCUUCCCACGACGCCAGUGCCCCCCGCGGGCAUGAAUGGCAUCGCAGGCUUGACAGGCGUCCCGGGCAUGACAGGGACCCCAGAUGAACCCCAGGUUGGCAGGGCUCACUACCGGGUGGGCGGGGACACGUACUCGCUCCCCCAGAGACGCGGCGUCGGCAGCAGCAACAAGGUGUCGUUCCAAGAGCCGGAGCAGAGCGAGCUGUGGAGCACCGAGAAGGCCGGGAGCGCCGAAGGAGGCAAGGAAGGGGCCCAGGGAGGGAGCCAGAGGCCUUCCGUCCCCUCGAUGUCCCCGCCUCCGCCCUUGGUGAUGCUGAGUCCGGGCAGCUCGGCGCCCAUGUUCUCUCAGGCGGCGGCGCUCUCCUCGCCCGUGCAGGACCAGUCGUCCAAGAAGACCUCGAACGCCUCCGAUGACGCCAAGAUGUUCCACGACUUUAGCAUAGGACCAGGGUCUCCGGGCUCGCUUGGCUCGCCUCCAGGAAACGCCUUCGGAGCCACCGAGUCUCCGUGGGGGGGCGUGGUGCCGCCUCCCCCGCCCAUGCCGACGCACCUGCAAGGGGAGGACGGCCAGGGAGGCUUCAUGGACCCUUACCAGCGAGCCAAGACCGUCAGGAUAGGCAAGUGGCGUUGGCCUCCUCCCAAGGGCGAGGAGGAUCCCAACGACUCCUUCCUGCAGUUCAAGAUCAGGCAGCAGAGCAGGAAGACCUCCAAGCAGAGCGACGGAAGGGACUCCCAGCGCCCGAGCCGCGACGAGAGCUUCGGCGUGGAGUGGGAGGAGUUCGAGAUGGGCGGCAUCCCGAGCAGCGCCGAGCAGAGCCCCCGCAAGGACAGCCACGAGAAGAUCCAGAUGCAGAUGCAGCAGAUGCAGCUGGAGGGACAGGGGACCGCAGCACAGACCAACGGCUUCGGCCGCGAUUUCCCGAGGGACGCGACGGACGGCAAGGAGAAGGAGAAGGAGAAGGGCGCCCCACGCAGGCGGAGGGACUCGUGGGACAACCCCAUGGACGAAGGGAAGUCGCCGGGCAUCGGGAAGCUCAAGAUUUCGCGCGAGAUGAGGGAGAAGCUGGAGGCGCUCACGUCGUCGCAUCCGUCGAGAUCCCAAGAAGAGCCCGACCCAGAAGCAGACGCGCGGCGUCCCCAAGAAGCUGGAGGCGCACCGCCAGUACCUCCUUCAGCACCAGCUGGAGGGCGACAAAUGGGACACCGUGGACUCGUCGAAGGGCGUGUCCUCCAAGGGCGAGAAGGGCGCCGUGCCCCCCCGCCGCCCAUCGCCCGCCCACGCCUUCUCGGGCAGCUCGCGGGCGGACGUCCGGUACCACCGGUCCAAGUCCCCGGACCCUUCGGUGUCGUCGCAGGAGAGCUCGCCGGUCAUCCCGCAGCCGAGGUCGCCCGCCGCCCGCCCAUCCAGCCUCCGUCGGGCUUUUCCUGCGGCGGCAUCGAGCUGCGCGUCGAGGCCAGCGAUCGCCGCACCUCCGUGUCCACCAUGCACACCGAGAAGACGGAGCAUUUCGAGCUGGAGGAAUCGUCCGAGUUCCUGCAGCCGGUGGACCAGGCGCCGAUCCUCGUGGACAAGGAGAUGGAGAAGAGAUCCUACGAGGCUAUGAAGACCCGCCUGCUUCCGGCGCCGCACAGCCCCCACCUCACGUACUCGCGCGUCCCUUGGUCUCUCACCCUCAGGAAGGAGGUGUUCGCUCCAGGUGAGACGCUGCACGGAGAGGCCCUCCACCUGGUCUUCUGCCAGGUGGUGCUCGACGUGUACGCAGGAAACACGCCCAGGAUUACACACGAGCAGCGCACGCACAUGAGGAAGAUCAUGGACAACCGCGGCAUCACCCCGAACAACACCUUCUCGCAACACCACAAGACGAACGUGAAGCGAGAGAUCGUCGACUUGGCCAAAUCGUGGCCGCUCUAUUUCGCCGCCAUCUUCCCCGUUACGGGUUCGCGCAAGUCAGGCGACGUGGAAAUGGUGGCCGUGUCUCACUCGGGCGUCAGGCUGCUUCGGCGGGACCACAACCACCUCUCCGUCCUCAACACGUACAGUCUCGAGGAAGUGGAGGAGGCGGAGUGCCCUCGCGCGGGCUCCCUCCGCCUGACGGUGGCUGGGGGCGGCCUCAUCGUCCUGUACACCCCGCGGGCGCGUCAGAUCGCCGCCAUCCUCAACAAGUACACUGCCUCGGCGCCUGUGUAUAUGGAAGAAAAGACCCUGUGGUACAAGUUUCAAUGGGAAUUGGGCUGA